UGCAGGGGGCAGAUUCCAGAGCCUGGGAGCUGCCGGGGCCAGCAGCACCAGGAGCCAGGAGGAGCGACCUAGCAACCCCAGCGCACCUGCUCCGAUAACAUCUCACCUGUGCCCAGGCCUGGACCAGAGACGUCAACGGGGCCAGGCCGGGACGUGUCUGCCGGCUGGCACCACCUGCGCCCUCACCGACUAGGGGAGCCAAACUUUGGCAUGGCGGCACCAGGGGAAGUGGGGCUAGGGGGGCCCCAGGGCACUGAGCUGGUGGAGCAGGGGUCCUGGAGUGCUGAGCUGGUGGAGCGGGAGGCCCGGAGCGCUGAGCUGGCAGAGGGGGGCCCCUGGGGUGCUGAGCUGGCAGAGCAGGCUUCCUGGGGCACUAAGGAGGAGGAGGAUGAAGACAAGGCCUCCAUGGACUGUGUGAUCUGCUUCUCGCCCUAUGACCGGUUGUUCAAGGUGCCCAAGGCGCUGGGUUGCGGGCACACCUUCUGCCUCGAGUGCCUAGCCCGCAUCAACGUCUCCUCGGAGCAGGUCAACGCCGUCAGCUGCCCCGUGUGCCGGGAGUUGACCUGCCUGCCCCCCCGCAAGGGCCUGCCUGGCCUGCCCACCUGCCUGGACCUGCUGGACCGGCUGCCCCUGGCGCCUGCCGCCCCCAGCAGCUCUGUGCGCUUCAGCCGGCGCCGGGGGCUGCUGUACGUGCCGGGCUGGGGGACCCGAAAGGGCCGGGGGCUCGCGCUACCCAAGCCAGGCCCUGCCCUCAGCACCGUCAGCCUGAGCGUGGAUGUGGGGCGGCCCGCACCGCGGGGUGUGGGCGGGGGGCUGCGGGGGCUGGGCUGCUCCAGCUGGCCCUUCGCUGUGGCUGUGGCAGUGGCCGUAACUGUCACCGUGGGGCUGGUGAUCUCCGGCGUCUACAUCUUCUUCAUGCUGCCGACGACCUACGGGCCAGGGCCAGGCGGGCUGGGCAACGCCACCUGGCAGGUGCCCUGGCCCAACGGCACUGCUGCGCCACUGCCACCUAGUGACAGAUGGCUGCUGGCACAGCCCCCCAGGGACGGGGCUAUGGGGCUGGCUGGAGAGAUGGCAUCUCCACCGCCUGGUAGCAGGAGGAGGAGAUGGAGAGGCCUGGGCCCCCCAACACUGAACCCAGCCAGGAACUGACAUGGGGCCCAGUCCCCCUGUGAGCCCUGAACCCCGAGGCAAGAGGUGGAGGCUGGGCCACAAGUGGAUACUAUCACAGGGGCACCCCCGCCACUGCUUCUUCCAGCUUGCCCCCCCCAGACUUCCAGCCCCCCCAAGGUUUUGGGGCUGUGGCUCGGGGGGGGGGGGGAGCAGAAGCUGUGAGCCCUGAGGAGACUGCCCUAGAUGGGGUCCAUCGAGGGGGUUAAAGGCCCCACUUUGCUGCUACAGGGAAUCAAUGAGGGACACCCCCUGCUUCUCCCCUCCCCCCUUCAUUAAAUGAUUUUAUUUUUCAUAUGUGAAGGCUCUGGAGGGUCUGUGGCAGCAACAGGGGAAAGCCACAAAGGGCUCAUUACUGACCCUACGUGAGGGGAGGUGGGGGCUGGGAGGCAGGACUCCUGGGUUCUAGCCUGGCUCUGGGAGGGGACUAUGGCCUAGUGGUUCGAGCGGGUGGCUGGGGUGUGUGUGCUGGGAACCGCUUGUGCUCAAUUCUUCCCCCGACUCCCAGUGCAGGGAGGGUUAACAGCAUUUUCUCUCCUUAGCCCCAGGGGCCCAGCACUGGCAGGUUUCCUGCUUGGGGCUGGUUCCUGGGUGCUGGGGCCCAUCCACAACUCCACCCUCAUCCGUCCAGUUCCCAACAACUGGCCUCCUGACCUCAGCCAGAAGAGUGGGGGCAAGCCCAGCCACUGGAGUGCCAGCCUGCACCCAGCCAGGAGUCCUGUCUCCUAGUCCCCUACUCUAACCUCUAGACCCCACAGCCCUCCCAGAGCCAGGGACAGAACCCAGGAGUCCUGGGUCCCAAGCCACUGCUCUAACCACUAGAUCCCAUGGCCCUCCCAGAGCCACAGACAGGACCCAGGAGUCCUGCACUCACUCGAAGCACCCUGGAGCUCUACUUCCUCACGGGCAGAGCUCUGCAGGCAUGGCUGGGAAGUCCCAGGGUAGGCAGAUUCCUGGCAGCUGGGAGCCCUGGAGGGCUGUGUGGGGAGUGGAAAUGCCCCCUGGUGCAAACAGGCUCCCAGCAGGUUAGAGCAAUGGGGGCUGGGAGCCAGACUCCUGGGUUCUAUCCCUGGGGCUCUCAG